AUGGAAUGUCAUACGGAAAUAAUAACAACGAUUAACAAUGAUUCAGUUGAGAGUCAACUAACUAAUACCGAGAACAGUUCGCCUGUAUUAACCAAUCCAGCUGACUCGGACUUGACGUCUUCUUUUCCUACUACUACUACUUCUCCUCCUUCUCCUCCUCCUCCUCCUGCUCCUGUGCCUGCAACGUUUACCACAGAUGAGAACAAAACUAUCGAAUCUUUAUCAAAAGAAAAAGGCGAAGAAAAAAUAGAAGAAGAAGAAGAAGAACAGCGUUGUAACGACGACUAUAACAUCGACGAAGAGAAAAAGAACACCAGUAGCCCUAUACACGACUACCACGCGUCGGGAAUAAUAUUAAUAAACGACGAACCAACACAAACAGCCUUGUUACACGAAGAGAAAAAAGAAAGAGAAGAACAAGUAGAAAGAGAAAAAGAACGACCAUCAUCGCCGUUACCGACAUUAGAGCAAUUCAACCAGCAGCGGACAGAAGAUGAGUCGCCAGCACAAACCCUAUCAAACGAUUUGAAUUCAAUGGCAAUGGUCAGUACGGAUGAAAAGGAUGAACUAUACAAAAAAGUCGAACUCGAAGAACUACCUGAUGAUGAAGAAGAUGCAACUGCGCAAAAUGUAGAUACAAUCGAGCCAACUGACUAUAUACUUACAGAUGAUGAACCGAAAAAAUCAAAACAAUCAUCGCCAACACAAUCAGCCUCGACGAACAUUGUCGAUGAUGCAAUUAAAUUCGAUAAUGUUUUUACUUGUUAUGAAAAGGCCAUGUCUAAAGUGGUCGAUAAAUACGACGAUGUGUCUGAACCCUCGAUUGUGUCAGCAAAAGAAUCUUUAAUUACAAAUCAAGAACCUGCCAAUGAUCCAAUUGCUUUACGUGCUUUACAACGUUUCGAACAACGGAUGAAUGCUGCAAGUGCCAACAAAACAACGAAAGAUGAUUUAAAUCCGUUAACACCAAAGGGCAAAUCGUCAUGGUCAACAUCGCUUUCAACUUCGCGCAAAUCACUGGAAAAUCUAUUGAAAGACGAAGAUCAACAAUUACGUCUGACUGCCAUUUCACUGGGAGACGAAAUUAAAACGGAAACAACUAAUUCAUCAGCUCAAGCAGACAGUUACAUUCGACCACGCAAAACAUUUGAUGAUAGCAGUCUUAAUUAUGGUACAUUACUGAAUUUAUAUACGACAACAAACUCGACGAAAGAUAAGAUUAAUCACGACGAUCAGAAAUCUGACAAAGAACAGCAGCCAUCAGCAACAAUAGACAAUGACGACAAACGAGUUGUUGAUAAUAACUCGACUGACGAUGUUAACUCGACACAAGAUCAACAAAACGAAGAAAAACAAGAAUUAGUGUACGAGUCAAUAACUCCGAAUGAAAUAAAACUUAAUAAUGAAGAAAAAGAAGAAACUUCGAAUCUGGUACCAUCCAAAAUAACUGAUGACGAUAAUGCAAAACUCAGUAGUUCACCGGAUACAACUGUUUCGCAAUCUGCAACUAUUGAACAGUCAGAAUUUACACCGUAUCACUUUCAAAUAGAAGGUCGUCGACGUUUGAAUACUGUUGAACGUAUGCGCGAACGUCAAACUCAAGAUUCAUUCGAUGCCCCUGAAUCACAACAUCAACAAAUUCAACAUGAGUACACACUUAAACCUGAAGAAGUACAAGAUCCCAUCAUACGCCGCGCUCUUGAACGUUUUGAUGAAAAGAAUCGUACAUUAACGCAAACAAAAUCAAUGAAUUAUGAUGAAAUUCAAGAUCCGAUUACUCGACGUGCUCUAAUGCGUCUUGAAUCAAACUUAAAACGAACGAUUCCUCCGCCGACUGUUGAUUCAAACGAACAUCGGUAUACUGAAAGUUACACACUCGGCUCACUGCAACCAGCUAGUGAUCGCUUAUCGCGUUAUAAGGAUUCAUCACAGUUAUCAGCUUUAAAUAACAAUAAAGCCAAAUACAUAUCCGCACAUCAGCGUUACGGGACAUCAGCAGAUCCAUCUGAUAUAUCUACGACGACUAAUUUCAGCACGAUGGCAGAGCAGAAUAUUCCUGUUAUGCGCGUACCGGCACAGCCAAUCUAUGUGACAUCGAACAGUCUUUCUCAAGCACACGAACAACAACAACAACAGCAACCUCUUAGUCAACGUCAGCGGUCGCGUUCGGAAGAUAUGCUAGCAACAAAAGAUCUCGUCAUUGGUCAAACAACGAAUCUGGACGAAAUCGACACUUCAGGUCAAUUACAACGAAAUCGUUCAUCAAACGAAAUUGCGCUCACCGAUUCAAAUCAUUUCUUACCAAACUCAUUGAUUAAAACGCUCGAACCACAUUUUAUUCGUACAACUGAAUCAUCGUUCACUUAUGCAACUCCAACACAAUCGUAUUCGGCUUACAGUUGUGAGUAUACUCGACCUCGUCGAAAUGCUACAGUCACAUCUUCAGAAACAUCGACUGAUACAUUUGGUGCCGAAGCGAAUCAAUUACCACCUAAAUAUCCACAAUUAAAUGAAUCGAUGCAUUCAUCGACAUACCGACCUUCACUGGAUAGUCAAUAUCAAACACAACCGCCAUCAAUAUCAUCUGCUUUCGCACCUGUUCGUUCUUCGACGGCUACAACAACGGGACCCAGUACCUACUACAGUCAACAAUCCUUACCAACACCUUCAUAUGGUGCAUUUAUGUCAUCAAGUGGCCAUAAUUCAGCACCGUAUUCUGAAGAUCCAAUUGUUCGUCGUGCGCUAGAACGAUUCAAUAGUCAGGUACAAAACAGUAUGUUAUCCACGCCUCAUUAUCUACCACCGAAUAACUACGCUUCGCAUCAAGGAAGCUUUAAUGAUAAUUGGACCAAUUCGAAUCGUUCAACGCAGAUGACAACAAGUACGAGUAGCAAUAGUAGUGCCGGAGGUUAUCAAUCGAUCAUCGGUCGUCGUCGAUAUCCACGUCACGACGAACUGAACAAUUCUUCGAUGGACCAUUCAAGUAUUGGUGAUGCAUAUUCAUCAUCACUCUUUAAUAACUCGUAUGCAACAGCAAAUUCUUAUGUGAAUAUGUCAGAUGAACCUCCUGCAAUCCCGCCACGCUUUCGUCGAGAGAACUACCGAUCGGAUGAUAUCAACGACCAAUAUCGACGUCAUUCAAUUGAUGAAUAUCACUCCGAUAAUAUCAAUAAUAAUAACAAUAAUAAUAUUCUUCCUCAGCACUCUCGAGAAACAUAUAUUCAUCAUGCAUAUCCAGCAACGAUAACUAAUACGACUGGCUUUCGACCCAUUGAUAUUCAUUAUAAUCAACCCUAUGAUUCAUAUAAUCACAUAUUUCACGAGCACGAUGAUUUUCACGAACAUACUCAUUCACCAUCGAGUAUUCAUUCAUCAGAUGGUGCAAAACAACGCUUCGCCAGAUCGAAUCAUAUUCAACCACCAACGAAUAAUGUACACAGAUUACCUCCACCGAUCGUCUCCGUUCGAACAAGUACUCAACCGAACGGUCGAAAAUUAAAUGAACAAAUGGUAUUAAGUAAAAUAUCAUCCAAUAAUUCACAAUCACCCUCAGGUCAAAAUCUACAGAACAAUGGCAAUGGGUCGGGCGAUUCGGUCUUUCAUCGUCUUGCCUACACUGGUACCAAAGCAUCACUAUCAAAAUCAAGUUCGAAUUCAUGUUCAAAUCUGCUGAACAAAGCAUCGCCACAAGUGCCAUCGAAUCACUUGAAAUCGUGUGAAAUCGAAUUAGAUGAAUCCACAAAUGUGAUUGAAGCAAAUGAUAAUAGCGAACAGGUUUCAUCUAUGGCAAGCAAGUGUCAACGUUCGAAGUCGGUCGAUGGUCGAGCACGGCUUAGAAUUAUCCAGGCGCGCUCGAAUAAUACACAUACUGUGAAUGACCAUGAUGAAAAUGAUUAUGACGAUGAAAGUAAAACAGUACCAUCAUCGAAAUUUGUUCCUAUCAACGGUCGUCGCGAAGGACAACCACCACCACCGCGUGUGCCUGUCACACCGCCGAAUGCUUAUCGAACCUCAUCAUUGAAACGUCCAACGAAUGGUGCUAACAUUGUAUAUAUUAAAGACAGCCCAGGAAUUCGAACACAAAGCUAUAAUGGAGGUGCAUUAGAAUCUGAAAACCAGCAGCAUCCACAACAAGAUGUUGAAAAUGAUGAAAAUAUCUCGUAUAACAAUGAUAAUUAUCAACCGAAAAUAUUAGAAAAUCGUACACGUACAUCAAUUCCUGUGCAUCGCUAUACAGCUACUAAUGGUAAUGCAACCACAACGACUAAUCACAUUCAACAAUCAACAUCAGCAGUCGCCGUUAAUACGACACCGUCUCGAAUCAAACCGCCAACAAUGAUUCCUGUCAGUCUCGAAAAACGAGAUUCCAACUCAUCCAACACGGAUCUGAACAAAACACCCAGACGUGCUGAGGAGCAACGUCGUUCACCGCCAAAUCAACGACGAAAUGUUCCUGUUUCUGUAUUUGCUCCAGCUAAACUUGAAAACAAACGGCCAGCACCUGCUCCACCAACGCAUGCGUAUGAAUCUCAACCCCAACUUUCCUAUCCCGCUCGUAUACCAACAACCGAUACAAUCUAUCCAGGUAAAUCCACCGAACAUGAUAUUGAAGUGAAACUGUCAUCGACGAGCGCUGAUCUUAAAACAUCAACUGAAGUGCCUAAUCCAGCUGAUAAUCAUGUAAAUAAUAACUCAGCAGCAAACAAUAAAAAGAUGAACGUCUUCGAACGACUCUUCCGUGGUAACAAGAAGAAAAAUUAA